AUGCCGUACGUUGGAGUAGGAGCACAGAAAGGUGAACACUUAUUUUUCGUUGUUUGAACUCUCACCUUUGCAAUGACCUCAACAGCUGCUGCUCAGUUUGGGCGGGGGCCUGCUCACACCACUCACCUUGCUCAAGUUUUUAUUUUUGACGCGAGUUCUCCUCAAAAUUGUUACCUUCAUUUUGCUUGUGAUUUCUAAUAGUUUGAAACAACAUUCGAAGAUUAGAGUUCGCUGGGAGACUAAUGUUCUCAGCGAUUGUCCACUAAUCAAAUGCACACUUGCAACAUUUUGGCCAGCCCGGCCCGUUUCUCAAGCAAAGUAUGAUUAGAUGCAAUAGUUUUUAAGAAAUUGUUAGUUAGGAAAUACACAUUGCAAAACGAAAAAUGGUUCAGUUAACAUGUGAUGUUUCACAUAACGCGCAAAUUUGGAGUUAAUCCGAUCUCGAACUAGACAAAAUGAAAUGAAGGCCGAAUUUUAUUUUAAAUUCACACUUGUAAAGUUCAACCACACUAGUGACCAAAGCAAUGGAAACUUCAACCGUUUUAGCUUCUACAAGCUUGACCGGAGCUGCGAUGGUAAAGGCGUACAUCGCCAUCGCAGUAUCUCUUCUCUUUGUAUUCUGUAUAACGGCUGUUGGUCUUCAUCAUUCGGAGCGCCGGUUCAAUAAAUACAACAAAGUAUCAAUUGAUGGUGAGCAAUAAUUGAAACGUUCCCCUUAAUAUUAAUCACAGCUUUUUUUUUAGAUAUCCACAAAACCGAUGCAAAAACUAUACAAGAGAACAUAAAAUCAGAAAACAUCAAGCAGUACUUACGGACAUUCACGAAAGAUCCGCAUAUCGCCGGAACCGAUGCUAACAAGAAAGUAGCAUACGCGAUUGCAAGUGCCUGGUCAGAAGCCGGUCUGGAAGAUGUUCACACUCUGCCAUAUGAAGUUCUUCUUUCUUAUCCGGAUUUUGAAAAUCCCAAUUCUGUCGUGAUCCAGAGUUCUUUUGGGAAAGAAGUUUUCCGGAGCAAAGGAGUCAGUCCUGUUAUCAUACCUGACGAGCAAUCUGGAAAAUGUGAGUAAUUUCAACUGCAGGGCUGUAUUCCAGAACCUGGAAGCGUUUUUAUUAUUACAUGAAUAGCUUUAUUUCCAGUCGCCGGACAUCAAUGGCUUGCAUACGCUGGAAAUGGGACUGCCUCCGCUGAUGUUGUUUAUGUAAAUAGAGGAAAUGCGAACGACUUCAAAAACUUGAAACUAAUGGGUGUGGAUGUGAAAGGCAAAAUUGCAUUGAUGCGAUACGGACAUGGUUUCCGAGGCGAUAAAGUGUACAAAGCUCAGCUGGCAGGAGCAAUUGGAGCCAUUCUCUUUUCGGACACUUCGGAUGUUGCUCAAGACGGAGUUGAAGCUGGUGAGAUACCUGAUGCACAAAAUUAACAAUGCGUGGUAAUGUGGUACGUAAUUAUUUUAGAACAUGUUUACCCGAAAACCAUCUGGAUGCCAAACGAAGGAGUCCAGCGAGGAUCUCUAAUGCAUGGCGACGGUGAUCCAUUGUCUCCCUACUACCCAUCAAAGAAAGAACUGUUCAAGGGCAGAACGAUUGAUGAGGUGAGUUUUUUUUCGAAGUUUUGAAACGUUUAUUAGCAUAAGAAUAAAUUAGGCCAAAGAAGACCACACACUGCCUUCAAUCCCGGUUCUUCCUGUUUCUUACUCGACAGCUCUUCAAAUUCUGAAAAGAAUGACCGGACGCCCCGUUCCCUCUGACUGGCAAGGUUUCUAAAUCUGACCACUUUUUGGUGAACCACAUGUGUUUAUUUUAGGAUUCGUUGGUGGAAACUUGACAUACAAACUUGGUCCCGGAUUUGUGAAUAGCGAGAAAUUGACCAUCAACGUGCAUAGUGAGCUGAAGACCAAGUGAGUUAAGAAAUCGAAUCAGUUGAGGGGUGCGUAACUCGAAAUGAUGUCAUCACUUAGUGUUGACUUUUUCACAAUUGGUAAUCUUUGUACUCACUGGCUAAAAUUCACACUUCUCAGCAAUGCUUGAGGCUAAUUGCAGGCGCAUUCGGAAUGUGAUUGGCUACAUCCGGGGAUCGGAGGAGCCCGACCGAUACGUAAUGCUUGGAAAUCACUUUGAUGCAUGGGUUUACGGCUCAAUUGACCCGAAUUCCGGAACAGCGGUUCUUGCAGAAGUGGCCAGAGCCAUGAUGCAAACGAUAAAUGAGACCAGUUGGAGACCAGGUUAGAAAUUGUGUGAUAAUAAUCUGAACCUACACGAAAGGCCAAGACAAUAAUAAGGGGGUUAUUAUUCAUCAAAUUGAUUCUACUGGAACAUACACACGUCUUAAUAAAUUUUGUAACAAAAUCGAGCAGAUUUUCAGCUCGCACAAUCGUUUUCAAUGCAUGGGACGCUGAAGAGUUUGGCCUGAUUGGCUCAACUGAAUUUGUUGAAGAAUUCGUCGACAUCCUUCAGAAAAGAGCCGUUGUCUACAUCAACAUGGACUGCAUACAGGGAAAUGCGAGCUUGUUAGUUGGUUUCUUACUCACUUUUUCUUUUCCUUUUCCCAUCCCGUUACAUAAUCAUCCUGAUUUGCUCUAGUAUGUGAUGUGAUGCGGGACAAAUUCAAUUUUUCUUUAGGCACGUCGACACAGUUCCGAUUCUCGAGCAUGUCGCAAUUGAGGCAGCAAAACAAGUUGAAAAUCCGUCGAAACGGGAAAAGGCCCGUGGAAGAAACACUGUGUACGACACUUGGAUGAAAGUGUUUCCCGACAAAAAAGGAGGAGUCCCAAGGAUGCGAGUUCCUGGAGGAGGCUCCGAUCAUGCGCCAUUUUUGAACUUUGCGGGAGUUCCUGUCAUUAACUUCAACUACAAGAACUAUUCAACGUUUGACACGUACCCACUUUAUCAUACAAUGUAUGAAACGCCAUUUGCAAACAUUCACUUGAUGGAUACCGACGACUUGGCUAUUCACAGAGCAAUUGGACAAUACUGGGCAGAGUUGGCAAAGUAGGUUUGCAAGAAAUGAAAAGCAUAACAUUGUUUAUUUUCAGAAUAUUCGCCGAUGAAGUAGUUCUUCCAAUGAACACUACUCAUCUGGCUUCCGUUAUGCUCAAAAGCUACCUUCCACAACUCAAAGCUUCAAUUUCUGGAAUUAAUGUGUCCAGAACUGAUUUCGAGAAUAUUCGCACUCAAUACGCUCUGCUUUCCAAAAGCGCUCAGGAUCUUCUGGCAAUGUCGAAGAAGUUUGAGGAAACCAUUCAUUUCACAAAGCAUAGUUUCUCUCAAAACCCGUAUGAUCCAAAACAUGUGAACGCUGUAAACGAGAGACUCAUCAGGUAGAAUAAUAAAAUACGAAUAUUCAUAAUAGUGAGUGUGUUCCAGUACGGAAAGAUGUUUCAUCAAUCCAAGAGGAGUUUCUCAACACAACCCGUCUGCCAGACAUGUCCUCUUCUCCGUCAGUGACUCGGAUUCCUAUUCCAAUUCUUUAAUGGCUGGUAUUCAGAACGCGGUAUGAAGAUAUUUACUGAAUUACAAAGAAAUUAUGAAAAAUUCAGAUUGACGCUUACCAAGUGAGCCCAUCGAAAAAGAGGCUGCGUGAGAUUAUUAAUCAAAUAUCCAUUGUUCAAUACUCGGUGAUUUGCGUGGUCAACACUUUACGACAUGUGAUUUGA